AUGUAUGUAUAUUUUUCACUAAUAUUAUCUAUCUAUCUAUCUAUCUAUCUAUCUAUCUAUCUAUCUAUCUGUGUAUGUGUCACUCUUUUACUUCUUUUCCCUUCAUCAUAUCUUUUUCACUCUCUCUUUCACAUUUUUGUUUAUUAUUUGUAUGUUGCCUCUUUAUUAUAUUACCUUCAUCAUAUCUCUUUUCACAUUUUUGUUUAUUAUUUGUAUGUUGCUUUUCAUCAUCUCUCUUUUUGUUUAUCAUUUGUAUUCUUGCCUCUCUAUUAUUUUUCUUCUUCAUAUCUCUUUCACUCUUCUUUCUCUUUUUUGUUUGUGUUUGGUAUGUUGCCUCUUUAUUUUUUCUUUCUUCAUAUCUCUUUCAGUCUCUCUUUCUCUUUUUUCCUUCUUUUUAUAUAUUACUUUAGUACUUUUUUCACUCUUCAUAUCUUUCUCUCUUUUUCUCUUGCUUAUUUUUUGUAUAGUAUUUCUUUAUAUGUUUUUUCUUCUUCUCUCUAUUUUUCCUUUUUUUGUCAUAUUUCUGUAUUAAAUUCUUUUUUAACCCUCUUUCUUAUUUUUUGGCUCUCUUUCACUAUUCUCUUUUGCUUCAUCUCUCCUGAAAUCAUUUAUCCAACCUCUCUCUUCUGCUCAUUUCCUUUUUCUCUUUGA